GGGGGGGAAGUCCUACUCAGAGAGAGAGAGAGAGAAAGAGAGAGCGAGAGAGAGAGAUAUGAGAGAGUUCGACACAGACAGAGGUAGAAGAGGGAGCCCUGAGGAGCUAAAAAGGGGCAGGACAAACUAGCCACGCGCCUCGCACACACAGACCCACCGGAGUACAGGUGGACGUGGACACUGCACGGACUUGGAGACAGAACCAAUGGAGAUCAGCCUCUCAUGACAACAACAACAACAACAACAACAACUUGACUCUUCCUGAAUUCUACAGCACCACGUUCUACCCUACACUCCUUCAAUAGGGACUGGAGAGACAGAUCACCCAGACUUACAGUUGAAGUAUCAUCCCAGACUGUAUAAACAACUGACUUCCCUUAACAUAGACACUGUUAUCUCCUCUAAAAACAACCCAAAUAAACCAACUGACAGCUGGAAUUGCAGAGGGAUCAGACUGAGAACUGCCUGGGCCUCAGCUCAGUACAGGAUAUAAAGGACUAAAACGUGACUCCCAGCAUUGACUCCUGGAUGGAUGGAUGAGAAUAAGAAAAGAGAAAGAAAGAAAAGAUAUAGCUGACGUAUCGGCCAGUGGCGUCUCUGAAACUCGUAGCUGCUCUUUGGAGUGACCUUUUCUAGAGGGAAAUGUUGUUUCUCACUCCGUCCGAACCAAAGGACAGGAAGCUUUGAAACACACGGCCCCCCUGGUCCCCCCCCCCCUCUUUGGCAUUGUUGAGUCUAAAGUGCUGCUCGCUUUCUCCGCAAGAAAAAUAAUCUGUCAGGGAGAGAUUGCAAUACAGUCAACAGGCAUGUUUGGGUGGUUGGACUAAGAAAGGAAAGAGAGAAUGAUUGGAAGAAAGGGGGAGGAAGAGAAAAUAAUCGUCUGGGUUUUGGAGAAAAAUAAAGAUUUAGAGGGAGGCAAGACAGACGCAAACAGAAACAGAACAGUUUGAUGGUUUCUCAGCCUUUCUCCUUUAGCUGGAGAUUUGAAGUAGAGCACAUCGUUAUUGGGAACUGAUCCAGCGUGCUGUGUGUCUGUGGAGCUCCCAGCCCGCUUUAGUCUCCUGGGAUAUCCCUGAUACUGUUUCUGGUCCUGUUCUCCCAUCCGUCACCCUCUCUCCUUGCUAGCUAGCUAGCUACAGGACUACGGGACUAAAGGAAAACCUUAAGGAGGAAUACUGAAGGAAGUCUGGGGGAAGAGGUGUCCAGCAGCAGGAGAAGCAACAUGGAUAGCUAAGAUUCUCUUUAUCCCCACUGGUGAUUCACUUUUUUUGCUCCACUCGCUCCAAAAGAGGAGUGUCUGAACUUACUCUGAACGCUCCACAAACGGUGAUCCUCAAGCUGACACACAGACCAAACCAGGGGGGGGCCGCAGACGGUCUGGGUAGAAGAAGAGACAGAAACUGUGGAGCAAACCAGAGGAGAACAAGAGAGGCUCCAGAACUCCUCCAGCAGAGCAACAAAGAGAUGGAGACGGAGAGGGGUCAUAUGUCCGUGAGGAGAGGGGUAAGCUGGAGCCCAGGUGGAGGGAGGAAGCCCCUUCAGAGGGUGCAUGGCGGGAACACGGACACCGGCAAAAGAGAGAGUGACGCAUCUUCAGAAAGGCGGGACUACAAAGCGAUCAAAGGACAGGCGACAUCAACCUCCACCAAUCAGCUGACUCGGAAAACCAACCUGACGCGUAGUGCCAGCCUAUCAGAGAAGGAGUUGAAGGAGGCAAGGGUGAGGUCACAGAUCAUCGCGGCCCAGCUGACCGUCCCGUCUGGCUGCUCCAACUCCCGCGGAGUCCAGCUCUUCAACCGCCGCAAGCAGAGGGUCGACGCCUUCACGCUAGAGAGCUGCGGGAAAAGAACGGGAGGAGAGGAGAGAGACGGAGACAACAGGAACAACAACCUGACAUGGGAAGGGGAGAGGGAGGGUCCUAGUGGAGGGACAGAGACAGACAGACAACUGACAUGGGAAGGGGAGAGGGAGGGUCCUAGUGGAGGGACAGAGACAGACAGACAACUGACAUGGGAAGGGGAGAGGGAGGGUCCUAGUGGAGGGACAGAGACAGACAGACAACUGAACUGGAAGAAGGGCAGCGAGACAAAACCACCACUCUGGUCGCCACCUUUUGGAAGUGAGGUCACAGGAAGUGACAUCAUGGAGGACCCAGGUGACGAGCACAUCUACGAGGAAGUGGACGCGAUACAAGAGAGACACUUCCAGCCAGUGAACGAGAGAGAAGAGGAGGAGGAAGAGAGGAGUGGAGAGAGAGAAAGAGAGGAGAUAUACGAGGAUAUUGAGGGUGAAGUGAAGGAUGAGAUUAUAUCAGUAAAUGACAACAACACUGGUCCAGUCAGAGAGGAAGUGGGGAUGAAUAGGGGGUCAUACACAUACCCCACAGCUCCCCCUGAGAGCUGGCAUAAUGGCUUCCACAGCACCCAGGGCUCUGCUGGAGAGAUCCAAAAUGGCGGGCGAGCUUCUAUGUCCCUGUCCAGACAGACCCCCACCAUCGUCAACCGGACAGCCAGACCCUUCUUCUCCCCACCCACCAUACAGCUUAAGUCCCCAGAGGCCAGGAAUCCUGUCAUGGAUAAAAACAUACCUCCAGCUCCCUCCUAUCUGACCUCCACUCCUCCCCCAGCCCCCUCCUACUCCACUCCCCCUCUCCCUGCUUUCACUGCCACUCGCCCUGUCGCCUUUUCCCCUCCGUCUUGCCCUGUCACCUUUUCCCCUCCGUCUUGCCCUGUCACCUUCUCCCCUCCUCCCCCUCUUUCCUCAUGCCCCAUGCCUCCUCUCCCAGCCUUCCCCAUCCAUCCUCCUCCUCCCUCCCAGUCUCUCUCCAGUCCUCCUCCCAAGUCUACUGUCAUGUUCCCUAGGUCUACACCCGUCCCCCAGUACAACCCUGCUCCUACAGCUGCCCCGGUGUCCCAGUAUCUACCCCCCAACCCUCUUGUCACCCAAUUCAUCCCUCCUCCAACCUCCCCCAGAGCCAACACCUUUGUCCCCUUCACCCCUCAGCCUAUUGGUCAACAGAACCAGCAGCAGCCAAUCAAAACGGGCAUUCUGGAGAAAGGGGCGGCGGCCAUCAGACGAUCAUCAACAGCCAGGAAGUCCAUGUUCACCUUUAAGGAGAAGUCUGUCAUGGCACCCAACCCUGAACUCCUCUCUCUGGUACAGGGGAACGAUGAUAGGAAGAAGCACGGCCUCCGCUCCGUUCCCGACUCAGCCCCAGAGGAGGAGGUGUUGGUUCUGGGGGCCGAGGCCUCUAACUUCUUAGCCAAGGAGGAGGUGAAGGCGGAGGCUGCCAACGUGCCGGAGUGGUCCUCCUGUCUCAAGAGCUCCAGAACCAGGGAACCCAGGGGGCAGCACCAGCCAGAGCAGACCCUGACCAACGCAUCAGGGAAGGGGGCCGAGCUGUUCGCUAAGCGCCAGUCCAGGAUGGAGAAAUACGUAGUGGAGAAACAGAAUGUCUCCGGUGGUGGAGGUGGCCAGAUGAGGUCUCCAUCUCCCACCGCGUCUCUGCCGCCAUCUUGGAUCUAUCCAUCUAAUAUGCCUGGCCGGGUCAAAGCUAUCGCUAACAACACUGACCUCAGCGCCAGGCUGACACGGACCCUCCAGACCCCUCAGCCUGGGAACAGGAGGCCCAGCCAGCAGGCUUCAACCCCAGCCCCGGUCCCUGCAGAACCAACCCUGGAGUACGGCUGCACCAAGAUAGAGAUGGACCUCUCCAGGCACCAGCCCUACCAACUCAACUCCUCCCUGUUCAUCUUCAACCCAGUCCAGGACUCUACCAGCACCGUGCUGAGCGCUCUGCCCCGAGUGCCCCCUCCACCACCCAAACCCCUGAUCUCAUCUGAGGCCUACACCAGGCAGGCCUCACUGCCCUCCUCCAACCCUCAGUCACACAACUACAACAGCCUGCCCCGAUUCAGGCCUACCAUGUCCCCGUCACUUCAGCCCCCAUCAGGAGGAAUUAGAGGUGGGGAUAAUUAUCCUCCACAACACGGGGGGACUCCACAGCUGAGGGACCCCAGGAUCACCUCUCCUGUCUCUGCCUUCUCUCCGGAGAGAGUGGCCUCUCCUCGGCCGAGCAUCCAGGCACCCAGACCCACCUUCUCUGCCAAGAGGGCAGGGAUCGAACCCCAGGUGUGGAGGCCUUCUUUCUUCUUCUACUGAUAUAUUUACUCUGUUUCUCCUCGGUUUCUACUCUGCUUCUACUCGGUUUCUACUCUGUUUCUC